UGCCUUCCCCACUUCAGGCGUUGGCCAAGGCUAGUGACCCACGCAUCGCCCCCGCAGACACAUUCAGACCCACCGACGCUCUGUUCGAGAGAUGUGUCUGAGGCCCUAGAAAAGUUAGAGACUGAGUGGUCAGGGAAGGACCCCAGGGACUCUUCGGCGAUGAUCAGUAGAGGUCCAAGGGGUGAACAUUUCGUGGUAGAAGUAGAUGUAGGUGGCCGCAAGGUUGGCGCCUUCGCAGACAUAGGCUCUACACAAAAUUUCAUCAGUCGUGCUUGUGUGGAUAGACUGCGCUUAGGGGACCAAGUGCAGCGGCUUAGCAGAACUGUAGCUUCUAUGCUAGCCAACAAGCACCAAAUGGUUGUCAAAGACUAUGUCAAGGACGUAGCCUGCACCUUCUCCUAUGGAGGAGGGGAACUGGUCCACAAGAUCUCCUUCCUGGUAAGCGACGAACUGCCAUUCGAUAUGCUACUAGGUAUGUACUACCUCGAAGUCUCGCAACCUCAGUUUGACUGGGAUAGAAAGGUGUUGAUCCACAAAUUGCCCAAUUGUAAAACUGUUAGAUUGCAGAAGUAUAAAGCUAGCAGUCUAAUAGAAAACUACGGGUGUGCUUCAUCCUUCUAUAACUACCAUAAGCAGAAUCAAGAGGGCAUGUAUCUAGAGUUUGUCUCUGAGAAAGGGGAGUCCGUUAAAACACCCCCAGAGAUAGAAAGAGUCGUCGCACAAUAUUCAGACCUUUUUGAGGAGCCCACAGGCGUGGUGGAAAGGGAGGUUGUACAUGCGAUAGAGAUUGCCCCAGGUAGCAAGGUGCCUAGAGGACGAAUCUAUAGGAUGUCUCCCCCGGAGUUAGAUGAGCUUCGCCGCCAGCUCAAGGAGCUCACAGAUAAGGGAUGGAUACGGCCUAGUACCUCCCCUUACGGUGCGGCAGUCUUAUUUGUCCCAAAGAAGGGAGGUCCAUUAAGGAUGUGCAUUGACUAUAGGGGCCUCAAUGUCAUCACCGUUAAGAACGUGGAGCCCCUACCCCGCAUUGACGACCUCUUGGAUAGAGUGCAUGGAUGCCGGUACUUCACAAAGAUAGAUCUGAAGUCCGGAUACCAUCAAAUUGUCGUUAGACCUGAGGACCAGCACAAAACCGCAUUUCAGACCAGGUACGGUCUGUACGAGUUUGUGGUGAUGCCUUUUGGCCUAUGCAAUGCGCCUGGUACGUUCCAGCACGUGGUGAAUAGGAUUUUUCAUGACUACUUGGACAAGUUUAUCGUCGUGUACCUCGACGAUAUUCUCAUCUUUAGUAGGACUGUAGAGGAGCACGCUAAGCACUUGAAAACAAUGCUAGGUCUCCUAAGACAGCACCAAUACAAGGUAAGCUUGGAUAAAUGCGAGUUUGGUCGCACCAAGAUCUUGUACUUGGGUCAUGAAAUUUCAGCAGAUGGUUUGAGGCCGGAAGAUGCGAAGGUGGCCAGCAUACGUGACUGGCCCAGACCUCAGACUGUUACUGAGGUCAGAUCGUUUUUCGGGAUGACGGGCUAUUACCGUCCGUUUGUGAAAAACUAUAGUACUAUAGCUUCCCCAUUAACAGAUCUAACUCGACUUGACACCCCUUGGGAGUGGACUGAAGAGUGUGAAGCAAGCUUCAAGAAAUUGAAGUAUGCUCUGACACACUACGAAGUUCUCAAACUUUCGGAUCCUGACAAGCCAUUCAUUGUGACCACAGACGCUAGCCAACAUGGCAUAGGCGCGGUCCUUGCGCAACAGGAAGGGCCCAAGUUGAGACCGAUCGAGUAUAUGAGCAAGAAGAUGCCAUCUCAAAAAUUAGCUAAGUCCACGUAUGAACGAGAGUUCUACGCACUAUACAGAGCGCUAGUCCAUUGGAGACACUACCUCCUAGGAAGAUUCUUCUAUGUGAGGUCUGAUAAUGAGACUUUGCGCUGGAUUAAGACACAGUCUGUAUUGUCAGACGCACUCAAGAGAUGGAUUCAAGUGAUAGACAUGUAUGACUAUCAACUUGAUCCUAUCAAGGCACCUAGCAGCAUCGAAUUUGCUGUCAAACAUGAACAGAUGCUGCAGCAGGCCAUUGAACAUAUUAGGAAGCCUCAAGAUGCUAUGAUUGCAUCUGAGAAUAAGCAUAGACGGCCCUCUAACUUUCAGGUAGGUGAUAGAGUCUGGGUAAAGUCAUCUGAACUAGGGCAGGAGUUGGGAAUAUCUAGAAAGUUGAUGCCACAGUAUUUUGGGCCCUGGGAGAUCUUGGACAUUGUAGGGGAUCAACCAGAUGGGCCUUCAUAUGUAAUCCGUAUUCCUGCACACCUACGCACUUACCCUGUAUUCCAUGCUUCCAAGUUGGCACCUUUCGCUGCUACAGAGCAGUUUCCCUCUCGGAGAUCAAUGCUGUCCCCAACCAUGGAUGGCGAAGUGGACAUUGACCAGAUCAUCGAGCAUCGAGUGAUGCCUGUUCCUCGACCAUCAAGCAGAGGGCGACCUCCUAAACCGCGAAUGCAGUAUCGUGUGAGCUUCAGACAUUCUCUGGAUCCUAAAGAAGACCGGUGGUUCGCACGAGAAGAACUCGUGAGAACAGCACCUCAAGUGAUCGCAGGCUAUGAAAGAGCACUCAAGGGGAAGAUGCCUGCAGAAUAAGAGACUUCUCAGAGGACUCACGAAGUAAAGGAGGAGGGAAUGCGAGGAUCAGGGUCCUCGGUAGGCCUAUGGGGCCAUGUUUGCAGCAUUACCCGCCCUAAGUGAAGGCGGAGGUGCCCGCCCUAAGUGAAGGCGGGCCUGGCUUUUUGCAAGAGGCCUUCGACUGUCAAUUUCAUAUUUGGGGUCCAGGCAGUUGCGACGCGCCAGUUGGUUGAARGAAACACAGGCCGAGCAACAAAGACAUUUCCWCGGC